AGGUUCAUCAAAUAUUUAAAAAGAUAAAAAAACUAUUCUAUAACAAUGCCACUCUGCUACCUUCAGUCAAUUCCUGGUUUGCUUUCAAGGGUUUGUUCUAUUUAUGUACAGAAAUGGUGAUGGGAAGUAACAGCAAAGGAAAGGAUGGUGAAGGGACUUCUGGAGUUAAAAAGGUUGAAGAGUAUGAACAAGACAUCAAUUUUCUGCCACAUGAACUGCUUCCUCACAAUACCGUUAAUACCAAUGGAAUUACAGAUCCGUUGAUUCAGUUAGCUCCAUAUGGGCAUGGCCCUCGGCCGUAUGAACCACCACCUCCCUUGCUCAUACAACACCAGGUUCCUGGGGUUGCCAUGCAAAGACCUGGAGCGGUAGAUGGAUACGUAGAAUCUGUGAUUCAUGAAAAGUUGAAACGUGUAAGGAUCACAUGGAAUCAUGCAGGUACAAAUGUUGCUAUUGCAGGAUCAUGGGACAACUGGAAGACCACAGAGGCCUUGCAGAGAGUAGGUCAAAAUUCUGUCAUUGUUAAAACACUCCCGAUAGGUAUCUAUCAUUACCGCUUCAUUGUAGAUGGAUAUUUGACACAUGCUCCAGAGUUUCCAACGGCUUCUGAUGAUACAGGUUAUGCCUACAAUAUAUUGGAUUUGCAGGAUUAUAUCCCAGAAACACUUGGAAGGUUAUCUGAUUUUGAUGAUCCUCCAUCACCACCUUCAAGUUAUGAUAACACAUUCUUAAAUGAAGAUGAGUUCAGUAAGCCCCCACCAGAAUUACCACCACAACUACCAGUUGCACUAGAACAUGAGCCUUCAACAAGCGAUACUCGUCCUGUUCCUAGGCCCACACAACUGAAUCAUCUAUACAUAUUCAAAACUGAUAGGGGUCAAUUUGUGGCACUGCGAUCAACUCAUAAGUUUCAACAUAAAUAUGUUACUAUGGUAUUGUACAAGUCCCUGCGCAGGGAAAGAUGAUGAAGCAUUAUAAUUUUUGACUGCUAUUGAAGUUGCCUCGUUUAAGUGGUCUUU